AUGUCUGCAUGCUUUGACCUUGCGGCUGCCGACCAAGCUGCUGCUGCUACUGCUACCAGCGGCAUGACAUGGGAGACCGACUGGUCGAGAGAAUUCCCGUCCUUGACAACACUCAAUCUGCCGGCGUGGGGCUCUUAUACUGUCGAUAUCGCCGAAAGCAGCGCCGACCCCAUUGCAGAGCCGAACGGGGCUAAUCCAUGGGGACUGUAUCAUCCUGCGGCUGGAUCGGGGCUCGACCAGGCUGACGUGUCGAGUCGACCAUCAUCAUCUUCUCAUCAUGGAUCAACCAAAUCUAGAGUCAGCGUGGAGCCCUACCAAUUGACGCGUAGAAAGCACUCGACACCCUCAACGAAAACUCCGAGCGGAGGCCACAUGGACACGCAGUGUGUGCUUGCAGCAACACAAAUUAUCAAUGCGCUGGAGAGUAGCUUGACGCUGUCCCAAACAGUCGACGUGGUGCUGAAGAUAGUACACCAAGCUGGCGUGGGCCUCAAUGGCCUAGUCUGUCUGCAGCUCCAGCAGCACAAAGCGAACCAUCGAUGCCUUGCGCUGUUCAAGGUGAUCCUUUCGCAGAACGUGCAACUCCUGGAAACGACGCUGGGCUCUCUGGGUCUCAAGAAGAGCAGCCAAACGACGCCAAGCAGUCCACCGUCGCAGGGGGAGACGCUCGAGCAGCUCGAAUUGAUAAACCAGCUCAUCGCCGGUUUCGAGUCCGGCACACAGCCUAAACUCUUCUACGAUGCCGUUUGGGCUCAGCGGUUUGUGGAGGAGCUCGAUUUCUGUCUCGACACGGUGUCGCGGGUGGCAGGCUUGAUAGCGUUGACGCGUGCAGCUGAGCAAACGUCGAGGAGGGAAUUCGGCGGGGAGACCAGCAUAGAAACGAUCAAGAAUCGGCUCGAGCAACUCGGCAUUAUUGCUCGACCGCAUAUGUGA